AUGGAGCUCACCAUGGACAACUUGCACAGCGUCUCGUCGCAUUCCCAACCAGGGGACCUCAUGAACUCUCCGCACGCUCGGCCGUCUCCGUCCCCAAGCUCCACACCCCGCAACCUGGUCUCGCACGCUCCGGGUGGGCGACCGACCAUGGUGUCCGGCAUGGCCUCACUUCUCGAAGGGUCCGGCGGGGAUUACCGGACGGACCCGUCCGCCUUGUCGGGACACCUCCAUUCGUCCAUCAGCAUGUGUGAGACCGGGAUGAGCCUUAGUAACACAUACACCACGCUGACCCCUCUGCAGCAUCUACCUCCGAUAUCCACCGUGGCUGAUAAGUUUCACCACCCGCACUCGCACCACCACCCUGCCGCCCACCAACGACUGUCCGCCGGGAACGUCAGCGGGAGCUUCACUCUGAUGCGGGAGGACCACCGGGGACUGACGUCCAUGGGCAACCUGUACAGUCACUACCCAAAAGAGAUGUCCGUCACUGGGAUGGGUCAUGGAUCGUUGUCUCCCUUGUCCGGCGGGCUCGGGUCUCUGCACAACUCCCAGCAGUCGCUCUCCGCCUACGGUCCCGGCACGCACCUCUCCACCGACACCAAGAUGCUGUCGCCGGUGUCAGGGUUCGAGUCUCACGCCUCCAUGCUGUCUCGAAGCGACCAGGAGCACCUGGCCAGAAGUUUAGGUGGACACGGCCACGGCUUGAUCUCCAACCUCAAUGGGAUGCACCACCACCCGCACAGCCACCUCCAUUCCCAAGCAAACGGUGCUGUGAUGAUGGCCGAUCGGGAGAGGCACGGUCACGUUGCAGGUCAGGGAGUGUCAGGUUCGGGCAUACAGGCGGAGGAAAUCAACACGAAGGAGGUGGCUCAAAGGAUAACGGCCGAGUUGAAGCGCUACUCUAUCCCGCAGGCUAUUUUUGCCCAGCGGAUCUUGAGCAGGUCGCAGGGCACCCUCUCGGACCUGCUGCGGAACCCCAAACCGUGGAGUAAGCUCAAGUCGGGCCGGGAGACGUUCAGGAGGAUGUGGAAGUGGCUGCAGGAGCCCGAGUUUCAGCGGAUGUCUGCUCUGCGGCUGGCCGCAUGUAAGCGCAAGGAGGAGGACCGGGGACGGGAGCGCAGCCAGGUGCCAAAGAAGCAGCGGCUGGUCUUCACAGACCUGCAGCGUCGCACCCUUGUGGCCAUCUUCCGAGAGAACCGCCGCCCCUCCAAGGAGAUGCAGCUCACCAUCUCUCAGCAGCUGGGCCUGGAGCUCUCCACCGUCUCCAACUUCUUCAUGAACUCACGUCGCCGCUGUCCGGAGCGCUGGGACGCAGAGGAUGGCGGCACCAACAGCGCGUCCCCGAUCCAACCGGGCACCUCGUCUGCAAAUACGUUCUCCAAAGCCUGA